AUGGUCCUGCACAGGUGCAGUGCGCCCGUCUUCCCGCAGACUGCACCGUGCUUUGCCGGACUCCUUCAGAGAGUGGAAGAGGGUCUUGUGGAAGCCCGGCUCAGAACCCGGAAAGGAAAAGGUUAUAUUUGGUUCUCCCCUAGCCCUCUAAUUCCGGACCCUGUUCUCGGUCCUCAGGGGACGCAGGAUGCACCCGGCUCCGGCGAGGCGCUGCCGCAGGGGUUCCCGGCCCAGUACCCUCCUCCGCCUCCUCAGACCCGUCUGCCGGCCGAAUACCCCGCUCCGCUCCCUCACCCCAGCCAGGAGUACGCGGGGCAAUCGGUUACGGAGGCUGGCCUUCGACUCUACCCCCAACCCCAGGCUCUGAUUGAGACGACGACGGCGGUGGAAGGACAGAUAACCGGAAUCCCCCCUCCCCCUGCGGAAGAUUUGAGUCAGCAAGACACCACCCAGCUGCCACAAGAGUCAGAGGACAACAAGGGGCAAGCCAAACGUCUCCAUGUCUCCAACAUCCCAUUCCGAUUCAGAGAUCCUGACCUGCGGCAGAUGUUUGGGCAAUUCGGCAAAAUUCUAGAUGUUGAAAUUAUCUUCAAUGAACGGGGAUCGAAGGGCUUUGGAUUUGUCACAUUCGAGAGCAGCGUUGACGCAGACCGGGCCCGUGAGAAGCUUAACGGUACUAUUGUGGAGGGCCGUAAGAUUGAGGUCAACAAUGCGACAGCGAGGGUGGUGAACCCCAAGAAAUCCCCGGUUCCUUAUAUCAAUGGAUGGAAGAUUAAUCCAAUGGUCGGAGCUGUCUACGCCCCAGAAAUAUUCACAGUGGCUGGUUUCCCAUAUCCGGUGGCUGCUGCAGCUCCGGCCAUUGCCUACAGAGGGACCCACCUCCGAGGCCGGGGCAGGGCUGUUUACAACACCAUCCGGACUGCAACGGCACCUUCGCCUCUCCCGACCUAUGGAGGGGCGGUUACACCACAUAUCGAGUGGCUCAGCCAACUGCAGCUGCUACGACGUACAGUGACGGGUACGGCAGAGUGUACACCGCAGCUGAUCCCUACCAUCAAGCCCUGGGACCUGCCGCAACUUAUGGUGUCGGGACAGUGGCCGGUCUGUAUCGUGGAGGAUACAACAGAUUUACUCCGUACUAAGUGAGACACAGACUGAAGAGUAAAUGUCCCUAGCCUUGGCUUCCCUCUGACUGCACUCAUCGGAUAACGUAAAGUUAACUUCUGGGGGCUGAAGCGUGCCUUCGAUCUCCUGCGCGGCGCCAACCGUGUCUUGGUUGAACUUAGGAGACUCACUGGUUGAUGUUUGGUUUUGAAUUUGCUCUGAGGGAGAUGAAUUCACACUACAUGCGCCGCAUAACUGAGGACCGUGAACGGGCACUGAUCCUACCACAGGUGCUAACGUUUGAGGAUUAGCAAUGCAUUUGAAGCUUGCUCAGGUUACUUUGACUGAAGCAGGAGGGAGAUAUAACUUAGGAGUU